AUGGCCGGGGGAAAUUGGAGUACAGUGGCUGAGUUCACCCUGACUGCCUUCCCCGCUUUCCUGGAGCUCCGAAUAUUCCUCUUUGUGGUUCUCUUGUUCACUUACGCAUUAACAGCAACAGGAAACAUUAUCAUCAUCUCCCUAAUAUGGACUGAUAAUCGCCUGCAAACUCCAAUGUACUUUUUCCUCAGUAAUUUGUCCUUUCUGGAUAUUUUAUACACCACUGUUGUUACCCCAAAGUUGCUAGCCUGCCUCCUAGGAGAGAAGAAAGACAUGUCCUUUGCUGGCUGCAUUACUCAAACAUAUUUCUACUUCUUUCUGGGGACAGUGGAGUUUAUCCUCCUGGCAGUGAUGUCCUUUGACCGCUACGUGGCCAUCUGUUACCCCCUGCGCUACACCGUCGUCAUGAACAGCAGGGUCAGCCUCCUGCUGGUUCUGGGCUGCUGGGUGGGAGUCUUUCUGUCUGUGUUGGUACCAACCAUUGUAGUGACAAGGCUACCUUACUGUAGCAAAGAAAUCAAUCACUUUUUCUGUGACAUUGCUCCUCUUCUACAGGUGGCCUGUGUAGAUACUCACCUCAUUGAGAAGAUGAACUUUCUCCUAUCUGCCCUGGUCAUCCUGAGCUCCCUGGCAUUCACUACCGGCUCCUACACCUACAUCAUUUCUACCAUCCUACGCAUCCCCUCAGCCCAAGGCCGUCAAAAAGCUUUUUCUACCUGUGCUUCUCACAUCACUGUUGUCUCCAUUGCUUAUGGGAGCAACAUCUUUGUGUAUGUUAGACCCAAUCAGAACUAUUCACUGGAUUUUGACAAGAUAGCUGCUAUCCUCAUUACAGUAGUGACCCCUCUUCUGAACCCUUUUAAUUACAGCUUGAGGAAUGAAAAGAUGAAAGAAGUGUUGAGAGAGGCAGUGGACAGAAUCAUGUCCUGGUACUAA